UUGACUAUUGACAGGUUUCGAGUUACGACGCGUUUGGGACAAACACAAAUACCACAGACUGUUUGCAAAUGUUUUCUUUAAUUGUACUGGUCGGCAGCCUCUUGGCGUUGUUCUGGUUCUAUGUGAAGCAUCAUUACGAUUACUGGCUACGUCGUGGCUUUCCCUUCGACAAGCAUUCCAGCAUACCCUUCGGCUGUCUGGACAGUGUCUGGCGGCGCGAGAAGGGCAUGGGCAUGGCCAUCUACGAUGCAUAUGUGAAGAGCAAGGAACGCGUUCUCGGAGUUUUUUUGCUCUUCCGUCCGGCGGUUUUGGUGCGCGAUGCUGAGCUCGCACGCCGUGUGCUGGCCCAGGAUUUCUCAAGUUUCCAUGAUCGCGGCAUCUAUGUGGAUGAGGUGAACGAUCCGUUGUCGGGCUCGAUAUUCGCACUACGUGGCCAGAGCUGGCGUUCCAUGCGCCACAUGCUGUCCCCGUGCUUUACCUCCGGCAAGCUCAAGGGAAUGUUCAGCACCUCCGAGGAGAUUUCCAACAAUAUGGUCACCCACUUGCAGAAGACUCUGCCGGAGCAGGGCUCCAAGGAGAUAGACCUGAAGACUGUGAUGCAAACGUAUGCCAUCGACAUAAUUGCCUCGACCAUCUUUGGCUUGGAAAUGAACAGCUUCGUGACGCCGGACAACAAGUUCAGGAAUCUGGUGACAAUCGCUCGGCGCAACACUCGCUUCACCACGCUCUUCGGCAUGAUGAUAUUCCUGGUGCCAUCUGUGGCAAAGUUUUUGUUCUCGUUGGGCUUCAAGAACCAGGUGGGCAUGGCAAUGCUGGAAAUUGUCAAGGAGACCAUUGAGUACCGCGAAAAGCAUGGCAUUGUGCGCAAGGACUUGCUGCAGCUGCUCAUGCAGCUGAGGAACACGGGCGCAGUGGAUGAGAGCGAUGAGAACAUAUGGAAAAUCCAAAAGUCCACCACCGGCGAUAACAAAUGCAUUUCCAUUGAGAGCAUUACGGCGCAGGCUUUCAUAUUCUACAUUGCCGGCCAGGAGACAACCGGAUCCACGGCGGCCUUCACUCUGUUCGAGUUGGCGCAGUACCCGGAGCUGCUGCAGCGCCUGCAGACCGAGGUGGACGAGACACUUGCCAAGAACAAUGGACAAAUCAGCUACGACACAUUGCAGAAGAUGGAGUUCCUCGAUCUGUGCGUGCAGGAAACGCUGCGCAAGUAUCCCGGCCUGCCCAUUCUGAAUCGCGAGUGCACACAGGACUACACCGUGCCGGACACCAACCACGUCAUCCCGAAGGGCACUCCCGUGGUUAUCUCACUCUAUGGCAUACACCACGACGCUGAGUACUUCCCCGAUCCCGAGAAGUAUGAUCCCGAUCGCUACUUGGACGAGAAUCGCAACUUCAACCCCACCGCCUUCAUGCCCUUUGGCGAAGGACCCAGGAUGUGCAUUGCCCAGCGCAUGGGUCGUGUCAAUUCCAAGCUGGCCAUUGUCAAUAUCCUCAAGAAUUUCAAUGUCGAAGUGAUGAGCAAGCGGGAAAUUGAUUUCGAGAACUCCGGCAUUGCCCUACAGCCCAAGCAUGGGGUCAAGGUGCGUCUGUCCAAGAGACUGCCCCAGUGAGCCAGGAAAAAGUCAAGCAUAAUUAUGAAAUUCAAUGUACUUCCACCAAGGGAAGUGUGGGUGCAGCCGAUCCAUUUGCUUUGAUUAUUCAGAUUAUGAUAGCAGCGAAAUGAUUAAGUGUUCUUAUCAUUAUCAAUGCGAUUACCGAUAAGUGCUACGUACUUUAAGUAUACAAUCAGCAAAUAUCAA